AUGGAGCAAGGCUUUAUCGAUAUGCAAAGCAGAAUGUCUUGUCGGAGAAAUCCUCAGGUCACUCACGCCUGGAUCAUUGGCUCAGAUCUAUCGUCGCUCGCUGCUGCGGUCUAUCUCAUCCACGACGCCCACAUUCCAGGUCCCCACGUCCACAUACUGUCCAACCGUCCUGAGGACAGUGACCAGAUUAUCCACGACAGGGGCCUUCGAUCAAAACGGGGUCAAGGAAUACGGUUUGUGUCGGGCUCAAUUGACGGGUGCACAGCACACCUCUUAUCUUGCGUUUCCAGGUUCGCAGGACGAGAUGCGCAUAACCUUGAUGGGAUCAUGAGAGUGGACAACGAGCGCGAUUCAACGCAGUGGAACUCCUUUUACGUGCUCCGCAACGGUAGUUGUAGGAUCCAGAAAAUCCACCAACCUGUCAGUCAUCUGCGACCAGCAGACCGAAAGGAUCUUUUGAAAGUCAUGCUCGAUGAUGGCCAGAGCUUGGCCUGCAAGACCGUGGGCGACUGCUUUCGGGCAUCCUUUUUCGGGUCAGAACUCUGGAUAUUGCUUUCCAUGAGAUUUGGAUACCGGCCGUCCCAUAGCGCUAUGGAGUUCCAGAACUGCCUUAGAAGGUAUUUGCAGGAGGCUCAAGAUGGCCGUAUCGAUACACCAGUGGAUUUCUGGCACGUCACAAAGUUCCUGUACGAGACCGUGGACGAGUAUCUACACAGUGAGGGAGUUGAGUUCUGGCCCGACACCUCGAUUCAGAAUAUCAAGUUCACCAAAGAAAGCUCGUGGAGGUGUGCAUCGAGUAUCAAAGCGAAAACGGGCAAUAAGUCCUUCGAUAUCCCCAUCCAGCGAGACGAUAUUCUCAUUGUGUCCCUCGGCUCAACAGACUCAGGCUCGCUGGUUGGGAGUAAUGGAACAGCGCCAUCGCCCAUACCGGUACGAGCAGAGCGAAUUCUUAAUCCCGCGUGGUCCCUGUGGUUCCGACUUGCCCGUGUCUCCCCCGAGUUUGGCAAUCCCUCCGCAUUCUGUACCCAUCUAUCCGAAUCGAAAAUGGAAUCCUUCACAGUUAUCCUUGAUCCUUGUAGCUCGGACCUCUACACCUACCUGGAGCAUUGCAUCGGCGAAGACUCCACACUCUGUCUGCCAGACAGCAACUGGUCACUAUGCCUCUGUCUUUCGCGUCAACAAAUCCCCACGAGUUCCGCGGCCGCGUCCGAAGGGUGCUCAGAGGAGGUCAGUACAAUCCAGGGCUACGGCCUCACAGCAGAACAGGCGGGCAAUUUCAUUCAUAAGCCCAUGUGCUGCUGUGCUGGGCAGGAGAUCCUCAGCGAGUUGUUAUCACACCUGGCGCCAUGGCCCGCGUUCGAGGAGACUCUCUCCAGCGCGACAACCAUCCCCACCCUGUGGCCUCUGGCCUCGGCUGCACUCGUAAAACGCGCCCAUGGCGACCGGCCCCGUACCUUUCCGCUGAGCCCGAGUAACAUUGGGGUCAUUGGGGUGUUUUCGGAAGUUCCCGAAGAAACGGUCUGUGGACUUGAGUAUGGCAUUCGGAGCGCCCAGAUUGCCGUGGAUGGGCUGAUGGGGCUUGACCAGAGGUUGCCAAAAGUCAAGAUUAACUCGGUAACGAAGCGGUAUGGGAAGAUGAACCGUAGCAUUGUAUAA